GGCCAGAGCCGGGGCAGAUCAGGCCUCGCAGGAUGGUGGCCGCCCCGGGGCAGCUGCCAGGUGCUCCCCAGCUCGGGAGCGGCCGGUGGCAGACGCCCGGGCUGGGAGGGGCUCCACCGGCCCCUAGGCCGGGCCUCGCAUGCCAUCGCCUCCUGCAGCCCAGCGCCCGGCUGGGAAUGGGGUAUCUCCGACCGCCGCCGUGAUGGGAGCAUGAGUGAAAAUGAGGCGGAGCUCCAGCGAGAUGGGCCUGAGGCAGCUGAGCGCUGUGGGACCCUUUCAGACUUUUUCAUAGGGGAAGCUUCUCCAGGCCGUGAGCAGGAAGUGUCCCAUCUGAGGCCAGGCCCUCCCUCCCCAGACACGGGGCUGGAGAAGACUUCUCGCUGUGGCUUCCGAAAGCGUAAGGAGACUGUGGUGCACCAGCGGGCAUUCAUGGGAGAGAAGCCCUACAUCUGUGUCGAGUGUGGGCAGAGCUUCAACCGCAGCUCCGACCUGAUCCGCCACCAGAGGAUCCACACUGGGGAGAAGCCAUACAUGUGCGCCGACUGUGGCAAGAGCUUUGGCCGCCGCUCCCACCUCAUCCAGCACCAGCGCGUCCACACGGGUGAGCGGCCAUACCAAUGCAAGGACUGUGGGAAGAGCUUCAGCCAGAGCACCCACCUGGUGCAGCACCAGCGCAACCACACUGGCGAGAGGCCUUAUGUCUGUGCCAAGUGUGGGAGAAACUUCUACCAGAACUCAGGCCUGCUCCGACAUGCCAACUUCCACACAGGUGAGAAACCCUACAAGUGCUCACAGUGCGGGAAGCGCUUCAGUGACAGCUCCAACCUCAUUGCUCACCAGCGGCUCCACACAGGUGAGAAGCCCUACAAGUGUGCUGACUGCAACAAGUGCUUCAGCGAGAGCUCUAAGCUGGUCAUCCACCGCCGUGUCCACACAGGUGAGAAGCCAUACUUGUGUCCUGACUGUGGGAAGAGUUUCAGCCAGCGCUCACACCUUGUCCAGCACCGUCGCACCCACACUGGGGAGAAACCCUACAAGUGUGCUGAGUGUGGUACCUGCUUCAGUGACAACUCUACUCUCAUCCGUCAUCGUCGUACCCACACCGGGGAGAAACCUUUCCAGUGCUCCCACUGUGGGAAGAGCUUCAGUCGCAACUCCUACUUAGUCUCACACCAGCGAGUACAUGUGUGGUAGGCAGCUAGGUGUUGUCUGGGAGUGAUCUAGGAUGUAGCUCCUGGUCUCGGCCUGUCUGAAAUGUGCCUAAGGAACAAGGGGUGGACAAGGAUGUGACUAUACCAGGGCCCCUGGAUUAUAUAGGCAGCUGGCCAAAGUAAUGCCCUUGGCCCGUGUUGCUCAUCUCAGUCACCUGCUCUUCCCCUCAGCACACCUUGGGCAUGUAGACAUACCCUGAACCAGAGAAGGAAGGCAUGCCUGGAAAGGUUUUCUGCAAGAUGCUGCUUGGAUGGAAGGAAUGAGGGGACUGUAGGAUAGGUGCAUGGCCUGUUCUGGAAUCUCAGAACUGGUGGGUAACUGAUGUAGAAAGCUAUCAUACCUGAAGACUUUAAAAAACAUUAAUUGGAAUGAUACUUGCUGCUGAGAUUGCAGUACACAACUCGACAGGCAUAUGGAGGUCGCCUGUGAGUUUGUGCUUUUAGCAUCCUCAUUCUACAGAAUUUGGGUUCACUUGUAUGGUUCAAGUGGACUGGUGUAAGCUGUGUUGCAAAAUGGAACAGAAUAACAGUGUACUAGGACUGACAUGAUUCCAUACCAGUAUUUCUCAAGUCCUGUUUUGACCAGUAUGUGUGUGCACGAGUGUGUAGAUAACAUCUAUAUGUAUGUAUUCGCAUACAUACAAACUAGCUUUCAUACUAAGUGUAUCUUCACAUUCUCAUGUGAGCAAUCGUGCGUGCACAAACCAUGGCAGUAGUAAAAAUGACCAGCUAUACAACAGUACACCAUAUCGGUACUUCUCAAAACACAAAACAUACUGUAUACGCUUGCAUUCAUCAAUAAGAAGCUGGGAGAUACAGAUUUUGUACCAGAACAUCUGAAUUUUCAUAUCAGAACGUUCAGUUUUACACUGAAUACUUUGUGUGUGUGUGUGUGUGUGUGUACCCGGAAUUGAGUUGUUUUAUUUAUAUAUCUAUAAAAAAAAUUCUGGCUCCUAUGGUUGCAAGUAAUGACUUCUAAAUGUCACUCAGUGUAUAGUAAUUUUCCUCCUCAUUUUACACAGGUACAUACUGGUGGCAGUUGUAGGAUGCACCUCCCCUCAUGGUUUUGACUACAAGGAAUUGCAGUGCAACACUUUACAUUGUUUAUAUGUUUGACUUUUGCUGCUGAUCGUUUUAGUGGUGGUAUGGACUGGUGUGCUUACCCAGGACUGCUGGAGCUUAGUAAAAAGUUUGUGGUUUUGUGAUGUACAUUACUAAUCCUGCAACUGGUUUCAUGGCUUCGGUAGGUCUCUGGAAAAAGGAUUGCAGACUGAAGCCAGUGAAAAGACUGGAGCUGUGGUGGGGAAGAGAUGAAGGAAAUAAAGAUGCUAAGAACAUCCAUGGAUUUGAGCAGCUGUUGGCCACAGAUGCUUGUGGAUGGUUUGCCUUACAGAACUUGCUGCUCCCCAGGAGACUGCAGGGAUCCUUUCUGUAAGCCCCAAGCCACUUUCUUGACACUCAACUGCUGAUAAAAUGUUAUUUUCAUAUAGUUUAAUAAAAAGGAGCUGUAAGGGGAGCAUGAAAUUACUUGCUGCUCCUAGAGGAACAAGGCACCUUUAUGUGCAGCUGCUCAGGGAAGUAGAAGGAGCUUUCAGAAAUAGGGUGGGCUUUGUUUACACAGGAACCAAAGCCUUUGUUUUCAAAUGCACAUUUUUGCUUUUAGUUUUGUUUGUUUGUUGUUUUUUCUUUUUCUGUGAACAGCUUCAAACCAAUGACUUACUGAUUUCUGCCCAUUUCUGGAAAGUGGUUUGGGAAUGUGACUAAUGGUCAUCUAGUUGGUUCCAGAAGCAUCAAGAUUUUCAUUCACUAGCAGACUUUCAGAAGGGAUACUACAGUUCUCUGUUGGUAGGCUCAUUUUUAACUAAAUUCAAAGGUUAUGCUGCACUCCAGCAGUAGAACUGAUCAAUUUAUGUGUGUCUGUCCCAUUCCACUUUGUUUCCUAAAGGAAAUCUACAGCACUGAAACUGUUUGGCUGAGAAGCCCUGUUUGCCAGGGAAAAGAAUCUUGUGAAUGCAGCUUUUCUUCUGGCAUUCUGAACGGAAUCGCUCUAGCAGAUCAAUGAAAUCAAACCCAGGUCUGCACAUAGUUGGCCUCAACUCAAAGGGAAACCCUCACAUCAAGACUGAUUUGAGAAGGCGAGGCCAGCUGCCUCUGAACAUGCCUUCACAGCAGUCUUCAGAGCAUUUAUUUUCCUUCUACAUGCUUUGUGAAGUGCUGUGUAUACUUAACAGUGGUCUGUAAAUGAAAGGAUUGAGAUGCAUUUAUUUCUAAUCUUUAUGAACUUAUUUAAAACUGUAUGCCAAAUCAAAGUGGCCUUAGGGUUCACAGCACAUUGCCAGUGCAGUAGUCUUAGUGGCUUAGGACUGGAUUGCUCACCAGUGUAAGCACAUUUCUGGAGUUCCUUUCCACAGCCACUGUUAGUUUUUCCUGUUCAGUGUCACUUGGCUGAAAUAAUUCACUUCCCCUAGCCUGUGUGCUCUUUACUGUUUGUGAUCAUCCAGCUGGAGAAGAGAAUCUGGGCACCACCCAUCCUUUGCUGUUGCAGAAAUUACAGGGUAUGUUCCUCCUCUUCCAGGAAUUUAGUCACUUUAUAGGCAGCACAAACUCGAGCCAAAUUCAGAAGGCAGAGGUACGGGCAUGUGCAAAAAGUGAAGAACCAGAAGGUUUACUUUCACAGCAGCCAGCUCACUGGCGCUCUACCAGCCAUCUCCUCCCUUAGGAUUAUAGUGGGAGACCACGGGGGAAAAAAAAAAGAUGGAAUAAAAAGUUUAUUGGCUAUUAAAAUUUCGGCAGACCAUCCCUAGCAUACUCCAUCCCAGACCCAUGGUCACCAGUGGGUGCCCAGGUCCUCCUGCCAGCUGAGGGAGCUCUGUAAAUUCCUGCUGUGCUAAUGGUGCUUAGAUAGUGCAGUGAAACUAUAGCACUUUAGAAAUACCUGAGGCAAAUGGAUGAAUGACAUCUCUGAAAUAAAUUUUUUCACUCUCGUGUUGUCUGUUAUCCCAUCUUUUUUUUCUUCCUUUCUCCCCAGAGUGACCGCUCUGGCAUCAGUUUCUUGGCCCCUGGCAGGACCAGAUUUGAAAUACAUGUGUUGUCCCUCACAGACGGAUGACUAUAUACUUAGCACAGCUGCUGUGCAAUGCAAAUAAGAAUCUGGAGGUGCGGGGUAUUCUUAGAAUGGGAUUUCAUGUUCAUGUAGCAUUUCUGCAUGAAUCUGAAAAGCCAGAGGAUGGCACACAGUGCUCACUAUUCCUUUACGAGAGAAAGUGACAAAACCUUACUGUGCUGCUGGUAGAUGAACCUGGUUCUAGCAUUGCUGCAGCUGGUCUGAGAUUAUCUUACUAGUUCUGUCACCUGGGUUGUAUGGCAUCCAGUUUUCCAGUCCCCUGCUGAAAAAAAGAUGUUGAAUAGUGAUGACUGAAAUACAACUUCUUUUACAUUGCUCUUUACUGUGUAUGACUGGGAAACCAAACCGCUUUUGAUCUUGGACAAGAGGUGUGUUUUGUGUGCUUAAUAAAAUUUUAGGAGUAUUUUA